AGGCAGUUGUCUAUCACAUGAAUAGUGUUUUUCAGAUUAGCAGACUUUUCUACCUUUGCCUUCCACUCCUCCUCCUUUGUGACAGAAGGAGUGCCCCUAAAUCAUAUGACUGCAUAUAAAAGAUUGCACAGUGUGAAACACUCCUAUUUCCCACAGACGUGGGACAAGCACACCAAGGCAGAACUCAGAGCCAAUCAGAGAAGAACUGAAAUGAGCCUUCUGCCUUUUUUCUCUACAGAAACAUGGGCCCUUAUACUUCUUUUCGUGGUCCUCCUGCUAGUAUAUGGCACCUGGCCAUUUGGUCUGUUCAAGAAGUUGGGCAUUCCUGGACCAAGACCUCUGCCCUUCUUCGGGACAUGCCUGGAAUAUCGCAAGGGUUUCCUGGAAUUUGACAGUGAAUGUUUCAAGAAAUACGGGAAGGUCUGGGGGAUUUAUGAUGGCAGGCAACCCACACUGGCUGUCACAGACCCCCAGAUCAUCAAAUCUGUGCUGGUUAAGGACUGUUACAGCACCUUCACCAACCGCAGGCGCACAGACCUGGCCGGGGUGCUGAGCAAUGCCAUCUCCUUGGCUGAGGAUGAACACUGGAAAAGGCUCCGCACCGUGCUCUCCCCAACCUUCACCAGCGGCAAGCUAAAGGAGAUGUUCCCUAUAAUGAAGCACUAUGGGGAAGUUUUGGUGAAGAACGUUCAAAAGCAAGUGAAAGAGAACAGCUCUAUAGCUGUAAAGGACAUCUUUGGGAGUUAUGGGCUGGACGUGGUCACCAGCACUUCCUUUGGUGUGAACAUUGAUUCCAUGAACAACCCCAAGGACCCCUUUGUCAGAGAGAUGAAGAAACUGGUCAAGUUUGACUUUUUUGACCCAAUCUUCAUCUUGUCAUUUGUUUUCCCAUUCCUUAUUCCUAUCAUGGUCAAGAUGAACGUAAACGUCUUCCCCAAAGAUGCUGUAGAUUUUUUCAUGAGAUCUCUUGCCAAAAUUAAGCAGGAACGUGAAAAGGAGCCUCACAAGGGCAGGGUGGAUUUCCUGCAGCUGAUGAUUGAGUCCCAGCGCUCAGGCAGCCAGGAGAACAACGGAGCAAAUAACUCAUACAAAGCCCUGACCGACACAGAGGUCCUGGCCCAGGCAUUCAUCUUCAUCUUUGGUGGGUAUGAGCCCACCAGCAACAGCCUGGGUUACCUGGCCUAUGAGCUAGCCCUGCACCCUGAUGUGCAGGAAAAGGUGCUGCAGGAGAUCGACACAGUCCUGCCCAACAAGGCUCCUCUCACAUACGAAGCACUCACAAAACUGGAAUAUCUCGACAUGACACUGAACGAGAGCUUACGGAUGUAUCCCCUGGGGGGGAGGAUUGAGAGAACCUGCAAGAAGGACGUGGAGAUCAAUGGAGUGACCAUUCCCAAAGGAGUGGUGGUCACAAUCCCGCCCUACGUCCUGCACCGCGACCCCGAGUACUGGCCCAACCCAGACGAGUUCAGGCCAGAAAGGUUCAGCAAGGAGAACAAGGACUCCAUAGACCCCUACACAUACCUGCCCUUUGGGGCUGGGCCCAGGAACUGCAUCGGGAUGAGGUUUGCUCUCCUGACUGUCAAAGUGGCCAUCGUCUCCCUGAUGCAGCAUUUCACCUUCCAGACCUGCAAAGAGACUCAGAUCCCUAUAAAGCUGAGCUCAGUGGGGCUCUUAACACCAGAGAAGCCAAUUGUUCUGAAGUUGGUGCCCCGGAGCAGCACCUGAACCCUCCAGGAACUGAAACCCAGGCACAGAGCCCCAGCAUCCAGGGAUGGAUGGAAACAAAGAGAUCAUACAUCACAGGAACUCUCUCCUGCACAUGCAGACACAGAAAAGCAGCUCCAGUUAAUUCUGGAAACAAUCUCUACAUAUUUACUAAUAAACAUAGCUGUCAGAAAUGUGACAUGGAUCACUGGGCAGUGACAAUACACAGUCCCCUUAAUUUUGAUUGUAAAACCAGAAAUAAAUCCAAAUGAGAAGCUGAUCAUCCACUUCCAAGGGAACUUCUCCAUCUGGAGGGAAGGAAUUACUGCCACAUCCAAGAAAAACAAGGUGUGAUGGAAAUUCAAAAUGCCAGACCUCACCGGGCAGGGCCGGGUGCUAUUCUUCUGGGUGUAUUGAUGCUUGAAAUUUCAUGUGUUCUAAUUGAGACAACUGGUGUGAGACUACACAUCCUAGUUACCAACCGUCUCCUGUGCCAUGUGUUAAUUAAACUAAAAUGUGUACAAAUACUGUCAUUAAAAAUGUUUGAGAGCUGC